GUUGUCCUCGAAACUAUCAGGAUUUUUGUGAACUCAGGGAGAGCGUGGCAGACCAGAUCCUCACUGCCCUCCAGCUCCCAGUCGAAAAGGGGCUAGAUGACAAGCUCUCCAAAAUUUACCACGAAUUAUUCUAAGACCAGGUACUAAGUAUGGCUGGAUCCUCCUCCACGAACAGUUCCCUCGUGGAGCUGGGAAGCGUUGUCCACAGCACAAUCGCCCUUGUCACUGAGCUCGAAACUGUCAUCGGCACAAUCACGGCCAGAGGCCAGGCCGAGAAGCCCGCCGGCGAAACGACCCUCGACGCUCUCUCCCUGGCCCAUGACUCGGCCUCUCUGAUCAAAGCUCACGCCACCAAGAUCUCGCUCCUCAUUAUCAACGAACCCUUCACGCCCACCGCCAUCACCAAGGUUCUCCGCGAACUGAUUGCGGGGCCGCUUCCCGCGUUGGCCUCCGCUGCCGAAGCAUGCGAUGCCAACCGGUAUACCCAGGCUGUGCGCCGCGAUCUGUCGUGGAGGUGUGGGAGGGUUCUGAAGGAGUACAAGGAACUGGUACAGAGGAUUCCGAGCGAUGGCAAGAUUCUCUCUGAUGCAAAGAAGAACGGAUCCCGUGGGGUUGCCGCAGAAAAGGGAAGCAUUCCAGUCACCGGGCUGCUAUGGGCUGCGUGUGAUGAAGUCAUUGCGUUGUCUAAGCUUGGAGUCGCCGGAUACUUCAUUCAGAAGGUCAAGCAGUUCAGAGAUAUGGUGAAGGAUACCAUGGAGGAACUGAAAGAGUGGGGGGAGGAAGAGGAUGAGGAUGAGGAGGAGGGUGAGACGGACACGCACGGGGAUGAACCCGGCGAUAUCGAACAAGUCACGGACAGCUUAGAGGCCACCCAUAUAUCGGACACGCAGGCAAUGCUCGAUGAAUUCAUGGGCUCUCAACGACCGAUCCCCCGCGACGAUCCCGACAGGAUCAGGGAGAAACUGGAUAUCGGCCUGAGGAGGUUGCGGCUGAUAACCCUCUUCUACCAGGCCAUCAUCAAACGACGCCUCCAGACUCUACCACCGCUCCCCCCUCCCUCGGCAUCCGACGUCCCAUCCAAGCUCGACGAGGCCAUCACCUUCCUGGGGGCGAUACCGGAGCGAUUUGAGAGCCUGGCCGUGGCCUUCUACGAGCUCGAACCCGGAGACAUCGACGCCGAGAUGGACGAGUGCUUCUCCAAUGCCUUUUCCGCGGCUGAGCUGCUGCGCAGGUCGUGGACUGGCGAGAAUGACGGGUUCACGGACUGGGUGCUGAACUUCCAGCUAGAGAUGAAGAAGGCCUGAGGCGCCGCACACUUGGCUUGCUUUUUUUGCCGCCUUCUUAGCUGUUGUUCUACGGUCAUCUGUUUUGCUCGAGAUAUUGGAAAGGGGUAAAGGGGCUCUCCGGUAUAGUCACGUGACUCUAUGUAGAUUGCUGUUUGUUUACUCAAGAUGGAGAAUAGCACCGUGGUUUUGUCCUCAACUCCCUCGUCGAUCGAUCGCCUCGGCUGAUCAGAUUCAAGGGUGGUACAGAACAGAGCCCCGGUUCAAUAUUCCGUU